UCCCGGAUGAAGGCUGCGGCAGGUGCUGGCAGGUCACCGCAUCUGAGAGGGGAACAGGACCUCUCGGCCCCCUCACGCCGGGCUCUGGGGGGUCAUGGCGGUCAGCCCCCUGCCCCGCUCGGCCUCGGUGUCGCGGGGCGUGCGCCAGACCACGGGCGCACGCACGAACGCAAGGAGGACCGCACGCCGACGGCUCCGCCGCCCCGCCGCCCAGAAGGGGCGCGGAGAGCCGGGCGGGGGAGGGGAGCCGCCGAGGAGACGGGAAGCAACCGAAGGAGGCGACGGACCGGAAGCGGAAAUUGCCGCGCUCCCCGCCCUCCCAUGCCGCACCCCGCCCUGGCGGGAGUCGCUUCCGCAGCUAAGCCAACCUGGAAGGCAUCACUUCCGGCGCGCUGGCCCCCGUUGCUAGGCGCCUCUACGUCACUUCCGCCCGCUGUAGUUGCGGGGGAUCCGCGGGGUGCUCACGGGACGCCGAGGGUCAGCUCUAGCUCGCUUGGCGGCAACCGCGGAGCUCCUGGCGCACCCACGCCGCGCCCGCCCCGGCCCGCUCGGCCACCCUCCCUCCUGUCGGCGGGGUGGGAGAGUACUCGGGAACCUCACGUCCCCCCGGGCCAUGCCUGUGCCGACCCCGAGGAGCGCACCGCGCAAGCAGGGAAGGCCCCGAGGAUGCCGGCGCCGGCAGCAGGGGCGUCCCAGCCACGGGCCCGCAGUUUGCCAAGGGAGCCCCCACCCGAGCCCAGAACCGAGGAAGAGGGUCGAACAUACUGGACACACAGCCGCUCCAUAAAGUAA